AUGCUCUAACUUAAAUGAAUGGAUAGGAUACAAUUGUCAAUCCAUACAAUUCAAUCCAAUCCAUUUAAAUUAAUUUAUUAAAUGAAUAGAUUAACUCACCUAUUUUGUCAUAUGUUCCAUCAGUAAAUAGACCGAAAAUAAUCCAUUCUUAUCUUCCGUAUUAACAGCCGCCAUGCCUUAUUUAUCUCGCCCUACAACCCAUUUUUAAACCCAACAACCACCAUAGCGGCUAUCCACCAAUCUCUCUCAUCAUUCUUUCUCUCUCCGCCAUCCAAACUUUCACAAACAUUAUCUCUCUCAUGGAUGAUUUUUUUGAGUGUUUCAUUCGAUGUCUAAAAUGUUCCAUCUCUCAAAGCCUGCAACAUUAGCAUAGUUUUUCUCUUUUUCUCUCUCCUCCUAUGCCCAACCACUGUUGGGUAUUUUCUCGCAAUACUUUGUGAGGUAUCAACAACAACGUUGUUGAUCCACACACAUACUCUCGGCAUUAACCAUAGUUGUGAUGGUCUGACAUCGUCAUCAUACUUUUUGCACUUGCUUUUGUCCUUUAGUUUUGGCCAUUUAAAAAAAAAAAUAAAAAAUAAAAUCAUGGUAUAUCAACCUCAAAUUCAGUAUCCAUAUGAGCAAUUCUUUGAAGAAAAGGAACAACCAAGCCCACUAAAAAAGGCAAUUCUCGUAGCUUCUAUUGCCGCGGGAGUACAAUACGGUUGGGCAUUGCAGCUCUCGCUUUUAACGCCCUACGUACAGCUACUCGGCGUCCCUCACAAAUGGGCUGCUUUUAUUUGGCUCUGCGGACCCGUCUCUGGCUUGCUUGUCCAACCCACCGUCGGCUAUUAUAGUGACCGCUGCACCUCCCGCUUUGGCCGCCGCCGCCCCUUCAUUGUCACUGGGGCAAUGCUGAUCGUCGCCGCUGUUGUCCUCAUUGGUUUCGCAGCAGAUAUUGGCAAGGUUCUGGGCGAUAGUCUUGAAAAAGGAAAGAAGCCUGCAUCAGUCACCAUCUUUGUGCUAGGAUUUUGGUUGCUCGACAUCGGAAACAACACGUUGCAAGGUCCUUGUCGAGCUUUCCUAGCCGAUAUCUCCGGUAACGACGAGGCCAUGCUGAGGAUCUCGAACGCCAUAUUCGCCUUCUUCAUGGCCAUCGGAAACCUAAUAGGCUACGGCCUCGGUUCUUACAGCAAUCUCUACAAAAUUUUUCCGUUCACAAAAACAGAAGCUUGUGAUGAGCAUUGCGCGAAUCUCAAAGCUUGUUUUCUUUUCUCUGUUUUCAUGCUGACAACAAUAACUGCGUUCGCUGUGACCUUAGUGGGGGAGAAACCACUCAUGGCCCCCACUGGAAGAGAGAACGUUGCGAUUGUGAUUAUAGGGGAUGGGGAUGAUGAAAGGGUAGUAGCAACAGGGUUUUUCGAGCAGAUCGUGUUGGCAUUGAAGAGCUUAUCGAAGCCGAUGUGGAUACUACUAUUCCUGACAAGCUUGAAUUGGGUCGGUUGGUUUCCGUUCUUGUUGUACGACACGGAUUGGAUGGGGAAAGAGGUGUACGGUGGGAGUGUGGAAGGGACUGCUGAAGAAAUAGAGUUGUACUAUGAGGGGGUUUCGACCGGGGCGUUAGGACUAGUGUGGUAUGUGUUGACACUUGGAAUUACAUCGUUGGCUAUUGAGCCUUUGGUGCAAGUUCUCGGCGGCGUGAAGCAGGUGUGGAGUCUCGGAAACUUUUUGCUGGCGGUUGGCAUGGCGAUGACGGUGGUGAUCACUAGCAUGGCUGACCAAGCAAGAAAUGUCGCCGCCGUCGCUGGCAAUGGAGGUAGCUUUGUGCUGCCACCAUCCGAAGUCAGGCGGGCUUCUUUAUGUCUCUUCGCCUUGUUGGGUAUCCCACAAGCGGUGACCUAUAGCCUUCCAUUUGCUCUAACUUCCAUAAUUUCCAAUUCAGUUGGCGCAGGUCAAGGCCUUGCUUUGGGCGUUCUAAAUCUUUCAAUUGUGAUACCACAGAUGUUGGUGGCUAUAGUGAGUGGACCAUUGGAUGCGUUAUUCGGAGGUGGCAACCUACCGGCCUUUGUGAUGGGGGGCAUUGCAGCUGUAGGAAGCGGGGUCUUCACCUUGACCUGGCUCCCAACUUAAAAAAUCUUGUCCAUUGUUCUAUAUUCUGUAUUGGGUUUUGUAAUAUGUUUAUAUGUUUGUAGCAAAAAUAGCAUUAAUGCAUGGGUUCGAAUGCCAAUCAAAUAGGCUAUUACGUGUUAACCUAGUUGGGAUUAGGAAGUUUUGCUUUGAUGCUUUUUUGCUCUUGCCUCUUUUAUUGAUAUUUGUGUAUCAUUUUGAUUUCAUCAAUAAAAGCCUUUCUUU